AUGGAAGUGCCAUUUCCUAGACCAGUGAAUCGAAACUGGACUGAAUGCAAGAUUUUCGCAAUGUGGGACUACCACGCCGGCAAGGUCCCUUUCUUCAUUCAGAAGGACUUGGAGUCCUGGGCUCUUCACUCCCACGGACGAUGCGGGAGCCCGGUGCUGAUCAACAACACCAACAUUCGUGAUUACAUCCCGGAUCUUCCAGAGGAGUACUUCAGGCUUCCAGACCAUGGUUCCCGCUCUGAUGUGAUCCGCUAUGCCCUGAUCUACCACCACGGAGGCAUCUACAUGGACACAGACAUCCUGGUUCUGCGGGAUCUCAACGAGGUACUCGACAAGGUGGCAGACGACUACGACCUGAUCUCCUACUCUUCAAAGCGAACCUGCAAAGCGUUCAGCUCGAACUUCUUGGCCGGACGCAAGCACAGCGCCUUCAUGAAAGAGGUCUGGGAGGCGCAGAAAAAGGCCAUGACCGACCACUGCGAAUCCCACGAUGAUCAAGACACCAAGGUGUGCUGUCCUGCAGACGUGAAGCGCAAAUGCCACGUGCACUGGGGAGCUAUCGGCGAGAUGAUCUCUCACCCGGUCUUCGACAAGUUUGCCACCAAAAGCCCUGAUAUGAAAAAGCAUUGCUUCGCUGAGGAGGACGGAGAGUCGUUCGCCCCAGAAGGCAUGGGCACCGUGCUCUUCACAAAGCGAAAGCUCCACGACGCCCUGCCCUACUUUUCAGGCAUCAAGACAAAGAAGCCCAUGGACCGCUUGGCUUACCACCUGUUCAAUGCCCAGGGCUUCCAAAGGGAGUACGCGGGCAGCGCCAUCUUCGAUGAAAAUCUUUUCGUCGGAGCGCUCUACAGGAAGAGUUUGGGCAGCGCCUCAGCUCCCCCAAAGGGGCCUACGGACGACGGCCCGGCAGAGUACUGCGCCUCUGAAGGUGAAGUUUGCCCAUGUUCUGGCAGAGUUUUCUUCGGACGAAAGUUUGACAAUGACAAG